GGCCGCUGGGGAAGACGGGGCCGUUUCGACGCAAGGCAGGAGACGUUUCCGAGACGAACGUUUCCCACACGGGAGAGCCACCGAGGCGUUACGCCGGGGCCGGAGGGACAUAGGCCGGCGGGGGCGCCGUGAACGACGCCGCAGCGUAGCUACGUAUUGCCGGGCGAGGGAGAAGCGGAACCCCGAGGCGCCGAGCAACAUCAUGGCCCACUCUCCCGUUCAGGGCAACCUUCCGGGGAUGCAGAAUGUCAAAGCGGAUCCGGAGGAGCUGUUCACCAAGCUGGAGCGCAUUGGCAAAGGCUCGUUUGGCGAGGUGUUCAAAGGCAUUGACAAUCGCACCCAGAAGGUGGUGGCCAUUAAGAUCAUAGACCUGGAGGAGGCAGAGGACGAGAUCGAGGACAUUCAGCAAGAGAUCACAGUGCUGAGCCAGUGUGACAGCCCCUUCGUCACCAAGUACUACGGCUCAUACCUGAAGGACACCAAGUUAUGGAUCAUUAUGGAGUAUUUAGGUGGAGGCUCGGCAUUAGAUUUGUUGGAGCCUGGGGCACUGGAUGAGACCCAGAUCGCUACCAUCCUGCGAGAGAUCCUCAAGGGUUUGGAGUACCUGCACUCUGAGAAGAAGAUACACAGGGACAUCAAAGCUGCCAAUGUGCUGCUGUCCGAACAAGGCGAGGUGAAGCUGGCGGACUUUGGUGUGGCUGGCCAGCUCACUGACACACAGAUCAAACGCAACACCUUUGUGGGCACGCCCUUCUGGAUGGCCCCCGAGGUCAUCAAACAGUCGGCCUAUGACUCCAAGGCUGAUAUUUGGUCUCUGGGCAUCACAGCCAUCGAGCUGGCAAAAGGCGAGCCACCUCACUCAGAGCUCCACCCCAUGAAAGUCUUAUUCCUCAUCCCAAAGAACAACCCACCCACGCUGGAGGGCAACUACAGCAAACCCCUAAAGGAGUUUGUAGAGGCCUGCCUCAACAAAGAGCCCAGUUUUAGGCCCACAGCCAAAGAGCUGUUGAAGCAUAAGCUGAUCGUUCGCCAUGCUAAGAAGACCUCCUACCUGACAGAACUGGUAGAUAAGUACAAGAGGUGGAAAGCAGAACAGUCCAGAACAACAGAGUCCAGCUCUGAUGAGUCCGACUCAGAGCAAGACGGCCAGGCAUCAGGUGGGAACGACUUUGGCAGUGAUGACUGGAUCUUCACCAUCAGAGAGAAGGAUCCCAAGAAGCUCCAGAAUGGGGAGGGACAGUCAGGGGCAACCGAGCAGACAAAAGACAUUCCAAAGAGGCCUUAUUCACAGAGCCUGGCCACAGUCAUCUCUCCUGCAUUGGCUGAGCUGAAGGCGAGGCAAGAGCAGGUUAAUGGUAACCCCAUGGCCCUCGAUGAGCUGAGGAAGGCCAUUCUACUUGCUGAAGAGGCCUACCCUGGCAUCUCAGACUCCCUGGUGGCUCACAUGGUCCAUAGACUCCAGAGUUUCUCCACAGGCAGGACAUCCUCUUCCUCAUCUCCUUAGUGACUGGCACUUGGCCCUGGCCCUGCUCUCUCAGGCCCCGCCCCCAACACCAUUGCCAGGUCAGAGGGUUAAAAUGUCAGGGGUCAAGACACUCAACACCAGCUGACUGCAUUUGACCUCCCCUGUGGAUGAGAGGGAGCUAGCCUAGCCUGUACACAUCACUGAACUCCUAACUCUCUGUGGAGGAAGAGAGGAACUCUGGAUGGCCGCUUUUAGUCACUUACCCAUGGAGACUAUUAGGGGGAAGCAGAACCCAUUGACAUAUGUGGUGUUGACUCUUGGGAGGAGAUAUAAAAAAAAAAAAAAAAACAGGGCAAAGGGUGAGACUGACUUAAGGAGAGCAGUUCACCAGAAAAACAGCAACAGAUAAGUCAAGACUCAAGGCUCUGUUCAUGAGCCUCCUUGCCCCCCAACCUUCCUCCCCAGGACCGCAACAUGAAGUCUCAACAAGGCAUUUGCUAGGAGCAGAAAAUCCUACCCAAUCCUGGCAAGACUUUUCUGCCUCCACCCCUGACCCCUGAUGCAGGCGUCAUAUCCCUAGCGCCUCUGAAAGCAUGCUUGAUGAACCUGUGGGGAUAUAUCUUUGUGUGCUCAGCGUGUAUGCGUGCUUAUGUGCACAACAUGUGUGCAGGCACUUGGCGAGUGUGGUUUGUGUGCGCACCUGUGCUCUCGCGUAUGUUCCAAGACUCCCUGUUUAGGCAAAUUGCAGCAUCCUUAUUGAAACCUCAGGUAAAGUGCUUUAAGUGGACUUUGUCCUCCGAAGCAGCGGGGGGCGCCGUGCUGUACGUGAUUGAGAGUUGUCAGUGACGUGGAAAAAUGAAUCACUGUGUACAAAAUGGUCAUGCGCAUUUUGUAGAUAUUGAUAACGUUUGAGACAAAAAGUAGAUAUAUUAAGAUUCAAAAGUCUCUUAAGUGGAAAGAACAGAAAAUGCCUUGCCUUUUUUUGAGAUGCACACAUUCAUGUUCUGGACGUUUUUCAUUUCAUCAGACUUAUUUUCUCCCCUGGUUACGUUUUUCAUGUUCUCCUCAUUAGUGAAUUAAAUUCAGCUAGGUGUUAAUGAAUAUCUUCUUUCCUUUCCAAUCAGCCGAGUUCUAAUCUUCCGUUUCAAUCAGUGUCCCUGCCGAGUCAGACAACUAAAAAGGGUGGUACUUGGUGAUGUUGUCUCAGGCCAGAAGCUUUUCCUUUGUUUACUAAGGGGGAAUAAAAAACUACCUUUACUUGUAUUUAGACAAUUAAGUCGGUUUUUACCUUUCGCUGAGAUGUGGUCAAGGCCAAAGCUGUUGGAGAGAAGUGGGAUUCUGUCAGUCACAGCUCUCAAAUUGACCAGAAAAUGCAAUCCUAUUUAGUCAAUUUGUAA